AUGGUGCCAGCAUUGGAGGCUGAGUAUGCAAAGGAGGCCCAGGUCAGGAGGUUGACUCUGCCAUCUGACUGGUCAGUCAAAGUCCUGCUGGAGGAGCUCAGAGAGAAAAUGAUGGACAUCCAAGCGGUUGUGCUGCAGACAGCUGCUAGGCUGCACCAGAAUGGUACACACUCAUUCAAACACCAGCACGAGCAGCUGUGGUGGGCUAACAGAGCUGUUGGACUAAAUAAAGUCCUCCAAUGAAAUAUUUGCCCCCCCUAAGGCUUUCUGUUUACAUUAGAACCAAAAGUAGAUUAAAAACACUGAUUGUGACAGUGUGAACCUGCUACACUCAAGAGAAGGCGGCUAAUUGAUCGUCUGAUAAACUCUCAAAUCAAGUGUGAUUUUUGCUGCCCCCCUCCCAGGGUUACUCACAGCUGUGCUGGCCAAUCACUGGGUGGAUGACAGCUCAGCUGGAGACCAUCCAGCCUGCCUUCUGUCUCAGCUAGGCAGCCAUUUUGACCUGGUCCUCCAGGUCUGCAGAGCUGGUCACCGGGUCCCUGAGCCUGAGGUGUUUACCUCUGCUCUUCAACACCUGGGAGUGACAUCAGAACAGGUAGAGGACACACCCACACAAGUUGUUAAAUAUAUGUGUGAAAAUCAUGAAAACAGUCAGAAGGAUCAAAAGAGACGAGCAGAAUUUCUUGGUUUGCCUAUGGUUGGAUGCAGAGGAGGAGGGUGUGAAGGCAGCCAGGGCAGCAGGGAUGGAGGUCAUCUUGGUGGAGAAUCUGGAUGA